CUACAGGAUCAGUGUCCUGAAAUCUGGAACGCUGCUGCUCAGUAUGUGACUAGAAAGGCAUUCUGAACAACAGCCAACUUUCCGAGACAUCGACAUGUCUUGUAUCGUCAACAAGCUUAAAUGUUUGUUAAUCUAACCGCAGUGUCUAAUUUACAGUAGCUAUUACAGCGGGACAAAAUACCAUGCUAUUGUUUGGGGAUAGUGCACAACAACAAAACACUUAUCAAUGCAACUUGAUACAUUCACCUGUGACAUAUUGGCUACACAACACGUCAAUUAGCCUAAUGAAGGUAAGCCGUUAGGCACCAAUGAGACAAGCGGUGUUCACUUGAUUGACAGAGUCUUGGUCCAAGGACCACCUAUCAUUUUGAAAGCGAUCAAGCUACAUAGCCAAUGAUCUGGGCUUUCCAGCAGCAUGUGAACGCCUUUUGUACUACAAACAACCAUCAUGCUAGAGCUGUGGGCAACAGUGUUCAUUCUCUGGUGAAAGCAAACAGGACUCACGGUAUUUAAUGAUACGCAGUGGUUCGUUCUCUUCUACAAACUUUUCUCAAAACUUAAAAAAAGAACAUGGCUACUACUAGUGGAAAAGCUACAUUGAAGUCCAAGUUUACAAAUUUGGAUGAGAACAUUGCAGAAAUGGACUGGGAGAGUGACACAGAACUAAUGGAUGAGGACUCCAUGAGUGAGUACAGUUUUGAUUCCAGUGAGGAAGAAAUGUUUUUGGAAGGAGAAGAUCCACUUUUAGAUCAAGGUAGAGACUCCGAUGACCUCUGGGAGCCAUCUCCAAAGAAACCACAUUCAAGUCCAUCCCACACUCAUUCAAACAUAGGAACUGGUUCCUUCAGUCUGACCCCUGCUGCUGUCUCUGGCUCCACACCCACCCGGCCAUCUAGAGGCGUUAUGAGUCCAGACCAGAAGCGGAGGAGGGCCAGUGUACCAGCGGCAACUACCACCGAGGGAGAGGACCGUUGGCGCACUGUGCUAGAGGAUGAUGUGGAGCCACUUCGACCAACAUUUCGACCUAAAAGGCAGCCAGGACCUCAGCUGGACAUGACUGGAAAGUACAGCCCCCUUAAUCUUUUCCAGAUGUUUUUCUCCUUGUCAGUUCUUGAUUUGCUGGUGUCGAACACCAACAAGUAUGGGGCUAAGAAGCAAGCAGGCAAGAAAGAGGCAUGGAAGCCCAUUUCCAUCCAAGACCUAUACUGUUACAUCUCACUGGUCAUUUAUAUGGGGCUUGUGAAGUUCAAAACCCUGAAGGACUACUGGAGAAGCUCAAGACUCUACCAACUGCCUUUCCCUACAACUGUCAUGUCUGGUAAUAGGUUUCUGACCAUCUCGCGGGCGCUUCAUAUCAGUGACCCACAAGCUGACGAUAACAAUGACAAGAAGAAGGGCACAGCAAGCUUUGAUAGGCUCUGCAAAAUCAAACCUCUCUACUCCAGCAUUGUUGAGGCCUGCAAGACCCAUUUUCAGCCUUCCCAGAACCUGUCCAUCGAUGAGAGGAUGGUAGCCUCAAAGGCCAGAAUUGGCAUCAAGCAAUAUAUGCCUAACAAGCCAACAAGAUGGGGUUACAAGCUGUUUGUUUUGGCAGAUUCUGCGUGUGCCUACACUUGGAAUUUCUUUGUUUAUGAGGGGAAGUCCAUCUCAGCCACCGGUAUGGGACUUGGUUAUGAUUCCGUUAUGAAAUUAUUGGAUUUUCCACUGCUGGGGACGGGCUACAAACUGUUUGUGGAUAACUUUUACACAAGCCCUACCCUGUUUACAGACCUGAGGAAGCUGAAUGUAUGGUCUUGUGGAACCAUUCGUCCCAACGGAGUGGGUUUUCCCAAAACAAAAGUAAACGACAUGCCUAAGAGGGCUGAAAGGGGUACCAUACGAUGGAUUCGUAAAGAUCACCUGGUCUUUGUAAAGUGGAUGGAUGCCAGAGAGGUGGUCAUGUGCUCCAGUAUCCACAAAUCGUACAGUGGCGAUCACAUCCGCAGGCGUGCGAAGGACGCUAAUGGGACAUGGACCAAGAAAGAUGUCCCCGUUCCAGCUGCUGUGAAGGAUUACAACAAGAGCAUGGGAGGUGUGGACCUGUCAGACGCUCUGAUAGGCUACUACAAUGUUCUCCACAAGACAAAGAAAUGGUACAAGACAUUGUUCUAUCACUUCAUCGACAUUGCUGUGGUGAAUGCAUUCAUCCUCCAGAAGGAAAAGGCUAAGAUCUGUGGAAAGACCCCCAUGACACAGCUAGCCUUCAGAGAGCUGCUCAUCCAGGAGCUUGCUGACUGCGGCACAAAGUCCACUGUAGCACCUUCUGUCCGCUCUACCUCUGUCCCCUCUACUCCUGCCUCCAGUGAUGUUCACCUGCCAAAAUACAUCACUGCAGACCUGAAUGUGCCUCAGGGCCAAAAGGGCUCAGUAGGGAGGCGUCGUUGUACUCUGUGCCACAAGAAAUCUCCCAUCGCCUGCACUACUUGUGCAGUUACCCUCUGCUUUACAACAGAGAGGGACUGCUAUGGGCCUUGGCAUCAGCAGCUCAAUCUGGUGUAGAGGACUGUGGGUGUUCUGAAUACUCUAAUUGUAAGUAGUGUUUUUUCUCCCUCAGUUUGUGGUGUUACACUUCUGACAUUAGAUCAGUGUUGGCUGCUAAUGUGGCCGUUUAUCUUAAAUCACUCCUUGUUUUGGGAGGCAUUGGUUCAGCGUUCUCGUCACGUCUCCUGUUAGUAACUUUUAUGUCGGGAUGCUAAUGAUCCAUUACGUAUGACAUUCCUGGGAGUGUGUAAACUUGAAAUG